AUGGCGGCGGUGCUGGCCUGCGGGAGUGGGGAGGGGGCAGGGAACAGAGACCGGCCUCGUCGAGAAACUGAGGCACGGCCAUUCGGAUACUACAUGGGCUGGACCGGCGGUGAGGUGGGACUAAAGGUUGGAUUUUAAGGCGGGGGCGGCUCCCGGAGACACGCGCUCAGGUUGGAAGGUGGGGUGAAUGGCCGGUCGGCGAGUGCACCUUACUCUGCACCCCUGCGCCCACCUUGGGAACUGCACGCGGCACCCUCACCCCCCACGCUGAUGAUAGUACGGCCUGCAGGCCUCCCCUGGCGAACGAAGCUAAUGGUUCGUUCCACCCCGCCCACACAGAGGCUGCCCACCGGCUCUGCAGCUUCUCGGGACUCCCCGUCAGACCAACUACAGAAGGGGUUUGGCCUUCGCCCUCAGUCUCUCUUAAGGGCAGGGGACGUUGUCUUCGGCUCUGACCCCGCACUCGGACCCAGACCAGGUCCCAGCCUCCGCCUUGGACUUAUGCCUAGGGAGCCGGCCAACCACCGCCUUCAGACCUUGGGGGAAAGUUCUGCCUCUGCUCUCAGGCUCUGA